CGCUCCACGAUCGCAAUAAUGGCUCCUCUUACUCUCGCUCUAGGUGUCCUUGCAGGGCUUACACCCCUUGCUCUCGCAAGCCCCGGCUGUGGUAGUUCGUUGCCGAUCAACUUCAAGCCUGGUACCUCAACCCACAAUGUGACUAUUUCAUCCAAAUCCGUUAUUGGCCAAACAACGCAACGGGAAUACAUUUUGCAUUUACCUACGAAUUAUGCUCCCUCGAAUAACAAGCCGGCGCCGCUGAUCUUUGCUUUCCACGGCCAAUUGCAGCCUGCGCGGAACAUGGAGAAGAUCAGCCAGUUGUCAGACCCGAACUUCAACAAGGAUUCCAUUGUCGUAUACCCUGCCGGCAUGGACGUGCAAUGGCUAGGCGACGUUGCUGCGCCCAACUCUUCGGUUAUUGACGACCGCAUCUUCGUCGAUGAGAUCCGGAAGAACCUAACAGGUACCUUUUGCGUGGAUGAAAAGCGCCUCUACGCCACUGGUGUAUCCAACGGAGGAAGCAUGGUUGCGCUUCUCAUGUGCGACGCAGCCCUUAACAAGCACUUUGCUGCCGUUUCCACUGUCGGCGGAGCCUUCUACCCGGAUGCCGUCAUGACGGAGCCGCUCUACCAAGCAGGCUGCAAACCAGACCUACGGGGCCGAGCACUUCCUUACUUGAACCUACAUGGUCUCAGUGACAAGAUUGUUCCGUACAACGGCAAUAACACUCCACCCUUUAUCCCCGUCCGUGAAUGGAUUGACACGUGGGUUGCGCGCGACAACUGUGAAAGCAACUACGUGACCGAAGUUACUGAGAAUGGGACCGUGACAGAUCUUAAGUGGAAAUGUAAUGGCCACAAAGAUCUGGUGCUGCACAGGGAGGUCAAGGGCUAUGGCCAUGGCUGGCCGAGCAGGGUUGAACAGGGCGAGCCGUUCGACUCAAUGAGCGGCGGAUCGACCAAGUGGGACGCUGCACCAUAUAUUCUCAAUUGGUUUAGCAAGUGGGCCACCUACUAGGCGGCAAAGAGUGGGAUAAGCAGG